AUGGAUGAGUCAGAGUCAGAUAUUGAACUUGAGGUGUUGAUAGAGUAUGACAGUGCAGAAGAUUUUUCUGAAAUAGAUAGCUUUGAUGAUAACGAAGUUAUUUCAGAUCUUUCUGAUAAAAAUUGCUUUGAAGUUACUACCUUAAAUAAUGAACAUGUUGGUUACAAACUUCAUCCAUUAGCAAAACAGUUCAAUCUAAUGUUAAGAAAGCUACUAAAAGAAAUUCUUGAAGAAAUUUACCUCUAUAAUGCUAUUAGUAGAUUUCGGCAUGAUUUUGAACCAGUAAGAGACGAUAUGAGAGUAUUGUUAAAAAGGUUGUAUGAGAAAAAAAUUGAAGAUCCUCAUUGGGUGUUUUCAAUGGAAAUUGAUCCUAAGCAAGUCAUACUACAAAUAGGACCACAAAAUGUAGUAAAUACUAUUUUUGAACCUGUUGCAAGACAGCUUAACAAAUUCAUGAUGCCUAAUAUAAUAAAGAAACAGGAGGAGCAAAUGAAUUUAAGUCUUCACUAUCAUGCUAUAGAAAUUAAUUUUGAAGUUAUAUUAUUUAAAGAAAAAGAGAUUGAUAAACUGGAUCAGUAUAUUGAUAACUUAUUUGACUGCUCGCAAGUACAACUGAGCUUAUUUACAACUGAUUCUUCAAUAAUUCUUGAACUUGAUGUUAAUCGAACUGAAGAGUUCACAAAUAAGGUUGUUUUAGAACAAUCAUCUAACGAAAUAUUUAAAGCUAUUUCAAAAAAACAUCAUCCUAAAAAAUCUGAUUCAAAAAGAAUUAAGAGUGUUAUAGAAAAUUUUAAUACUAAAACUCAAUAUAAAUAUAAGGUAUAUAAGCAAGAAGGUCAUAAUAGUAAAAUCUGUAAAGAAAAAAGCCUUUGGAUAUUGAUGAGAAUGAUAAAACCAAAAGUCAAUGUAAGUCAGGCAACAAGUUAG